GAUUUUGGCAUACAGCUCAUGAAAACCCAAAAUUCCUCUCUCAAAAUUAGCAUAUUUCAUCCGACCAAUAAAAGAAAAGUGUUUUUAAUACCAAAAAAGUCAACCUUCAAAUAAUUAUGUUCAGUUAUGCACUCAAUACUUGAUCGGGAAUCCUUUUGCAGAAAUGACUGCUUCAAUGCGGCGUGGCAUAGAGGCAAUCAGCCUGUGGCAUUGCUGAGGUGUUAUGGAGGCCCAGGAUGCUUCAAUAGCGGCCUUAAGCUCAUCCAGAGUGUUGGGUCUUGCGUCUCAACUUUCUCUUCACAAUAUCCCACAGAUUCUCUAUGGGAUUCAGGUCAGGAGAGUUGGCAGGCCAAUUGAGCACAGUAAUACCAUGGUCAGUAAACCAUUUACCAGUGGUUUUGGCACUGUGAGCAGGUGCCAGGUCAUGCUGAAAAAUGAAAUCUUCAUCUCCAUAAAGUUUUUUAGCAGAUGGAAGCAUGAAGUGCUCCAAAAUCUCCUGAUAGCUAGCUGCAUUGACCCUGCCCUUGAUAAAACACAGUGGACCAACACCAGCAGCUGACAUGGCACCCCAGACCAUCACUGACUGUGGGUACUUGACACUGGACUUCAGGCAUUUCCCUCUCCCCAGUCUUCCUCCAGACUCUAGCACCUUGAAUUCCGAAUGACAUGCAAAAUUUGCUUUCAUCCGAAAAUACUUUGGACCACUGAGCAACAGUCCAGUGCUGCUUCUCUGUAGCCCAGGUCAGGCGCUUCUGCCGCCGUUUCUGGUUCAAAAGUGGCUUGACCUGGGGAAUGCGGCACCUGUAGCCCAUUUCCUGCACACGCCUGUACACGGUGGCUCUGGAUGUUUCUACUACAGACUCAGUCCACUGCUUCCGCAGGUCCCCCAAGGUCUGGAAUCAGUCCUUCUCCACAAUCUUCCUCAGGGUCCGGUCACCUCUUCUCGUCGUGCGGCGUUUUCUGCCACACUUUUUCCUUCCCACAGACUUCCCACUGAGGUGCCUUGAUACAGCACUCUGGGAACAGCCUAUUCGUUCAGAAAUUUCUUUCUGUGUCUUACCCGCUUGCUUGAGGGUGUCAAUGAUGGCCUUCUGGCCAGCAGUCAGGUCGCCAGUCUUACCCAUGAUUGCGGUUUUGAGUAAUGAACCAGACUGGGAGUUUUUAAAAGCCUCAGGAAUCUUUUGCAGGUGCCAUCCAUCCAUCCAUUUUCCAAACCGCUUAUCCUACUGGGUCGCGGGAGGUCCGGAGCCUAUCCCGGAAGCAAUGGGCACGAGGCUGGGAACAACCCAGGAUGGGGGGCCAGCCCAUUGCAGGGCACACUCACACACCAUGCACUCUCACAUGCAUUCCUACGGGCAAUUUAGCAAGUCCAAUUAGCCUCAGCAUGUUUUUGGACUGUGGGGGGAAACCGGAGUACCCGGAGGAAACCCCACGACGACAUGGGGAGAACAUGCAAACUCCACACACAUGUGACCCAGGCGGAGAUUCAAACCCGGGUCCCAGAGGUGUGAGGCAACAGUGCUAACCACUGCACCACCAUGCCACCCCUUUUGCAGCUAUUUAUUAAACUGUCUGGCACUGCAAGCUAUGCAGUAUGUCUCCAAGUGGAACCCAAACACACGUCAUUUCAGUGAAGGAAGCUCCACCCUGAUCCUAGUCAAAGAACAUUUUGGCAGAAACUUUGCUGAAAGCCUGCCAAUGGAAAUGAGCUUGAAGAUUUUUAGCAAACUGGACAUCAAGAGCCUGUGCAGUGCUGCGAUAACGUGCAAACUGUGGAACUGCAUUAUCGAAAAUAGCGACUAUCUGUGGAGGACGCACUGUCUGACUGUGCGUGGUGUCUGUCAGAGAGAGGUGGAUGGGGACAGAGGGAGUGGCCUUUCCUGGAAGGUUACUCUAGUACGAAAUUAUCGGAAGGGGUCUGUGAAGAGAGAGUGGCUGAGAGGCAGAUUUAGCAACAUUCGCUGUGUGGAGGAUCUCCCUGACCAAAGCAUGUGUGUCCUGGAUGCAGAAAGCUGGGGUGAGAUCCUGGAAGCUGAGCUGGAACGAUAAUAUAUGAGAAUGCUGAGGGUUUUGAGCACAUCACUUUAUGAUUAUGUUAUUUUACCUUUCAUACAAUUUUGCACUUAAUAUUUGUAUAUAUUUUAAGAAUUUAAGUACAUUUUAUAAAGUAAUCAAAAUCAAGUAUACAUAGAAAAUUGUUAUAAAAAGUAAAAACAUUGACAAAAUGUAAGCCGUGCCAUUACUACAGCAGUUAAUCUCAAUUUAUAAUAAAAUUCUUCCCUGUUAGUAACAUACAUGUAGUGUGGUGAAGUCCAAGUAGAAAAUUGUUCCAUUUGGAGGUGGGGGGUUUUGAACCUAUCCAAAAGCAUCGUGCUGUACAUGGAGUCACGAGUCACACAGGACUAUGUCUAGAUUUUAAACCUGCAAAGAGAAAGGCAUCUUGGUUUUGAUGAACCUUGAAAAACAAACGGAUUGUUAUUGUCUUGGAAUCUAUUGCUAUGCUUCACACAGGGGGGCAAUUGGGGGGGGGGUUCUCUUGAAACGGCACCAGUGUAUCCCCCGCCUCGUGAAUAUGUGAAUAAAUCACCCAGACCUUAUUUACUGACCGACAAACACUGCUGAUGUGAAUGGGUAGACAAGUGUAGCUUGUAUAUACUGGUUAAUGGUGCAAUUGUUACGUUAAAUAGACUGUUCAUAGUAAGCACUGAAUUCCCGAAAAAGUCUUAUUACCUUGCUGCUGAUACAGCCUGUGUUUGUAUGACAAAUAAAAUGUUUCAGGAAAAA